CACGAGGGUCAGCCGAUCAUGUCACUUAUUGUCAGUCUCGACCCCAAACAUGGCGGACAGUGAUGCCAGGUAAAACUUGUGAAAAACUUGAAUUUCCGACACGCGAGGAGCACGGGGAGCCAAGACAAUGGAUGCCGUCAAGUCCUUUAACGCCGAGCUGGCGGGUCUGUACGAGUGCAAACCGCCCAUCUCGAAGGCCAAGAUGACAGCCAUUACUAAGGGUGCCAUCAGAGCCAUUAAGUUCUACAAGCACGUCGUCCAAAGUGUGGAGAAAUUUAUACAAAAGUGCAAGACGGAAUACAAAAUACCUGGCUUGUAUGUGAUAGACAGCAUCGUUCGUCAGAGUCGCCACCAGUUUGGGAUCGAAAAGGAUGUUUUUGCUCCAAGAUUUGCCAAAAACAUCCUUGUCACCUUUUUUUACCUGUUCAAAUGUCCCCAGGAAGACAAGAGCAAAGUCAUCCGCGUCCUGAACCUGUGGCAAAAGAACCAGGUCUUUGCCGAGGAGGUCAUCCAACCGCUGUUUGACCUCGCUGACCCCAACCACCCCAUACAGAAGGAGGUCACACUUCAGAUUACCCAGAAGGUUUCCAAGGCCAAGACCCACCACCCCCACCAGGCCACGGAGGGACCCCAGGGCACCCCAGGCCAGGGCGGGGGUGUGGGGUCAGCUGGGGGUGGAGGUGGGGGUGGGGUGCGGGGCAGUCAGGAUGGGGGGUUGACGAGUGCCCCCCCUGGUAGUCUGACUCCACAGGUCCCAGACGACGGGAGGAUGGUGCAUGCCGUGACCCAGCAGCCAGUCCCAGUGACCAGCGUGUCAAGUCAGGUCAUGAGUGCUGCUGUGACGAACCUUGACCCCGGAUUGAUACAGCAGAUACAACAGAUCCUCAUGAAGCAGCCUCAGCAGCGGCAGCGGCGGCAGCAGCAGCCCAGGACGACGCGGGGAUGGCAGCCGCAGCCGCCGCCGCCGCUGCAGCCGCCGCCGGAAUGGUCCCCCCCGUCCCUGAGGAGGUCAAGGGUCAAGGGAUUCCUGGGUUGUCAAAUUCUACCCACAGGUGACUAUGAUGGGAGGUCUUUGCCGUUCCUUACAGUGGACACCUCCCAGCCUCCCCCAGGGUACCUCCCCCCAGGGCCUUUCAUGGGAGGACUGGCCCCGGCGCCUCCCCUGGCCGUGCCCCCCCCGACAAUGGAGUUUACCCAGGUGCACCCCCCCCCUGAGAAGCCAAAGAGCCCCAGGGAGGAGGGGGAGCACUCAGACGACAGUGACGAUGUGAAAGAAAUUCACCACGAGGACCGGGACUCAGAUCGCAGGAGGAGGUCACGAUCCAGGUCAAGGUCGAGGUCACGCCGCCGCCGCCGCUCUCGGUCGAGGUCGCGUUCCAGGUCAAGGUCACGGCACAGGAGGUCAAGGUCACGCUCAAGAGGGAGGAGGUCGACUUCACGUUCAAGGAGACGCAGGUCCCGUUCAAGAGAGAGAGACAGAGAUCGCGAGAGAGACCGCAGAGAGAGAGACCGCGACAGAGAUAGAGACAAGGAGAGAGAGAAGGAGAAGCUAGACCCAGAGAAGGAGAGAGAGAGAGAGAAGGAGAGAGAGAAAGAGAGAGAGAGGAAGAAGAGAGGACUCCCACCGGUGAAGAGAGAACAUUUAAGUGUUUGUUCAACUACACUCUGGGUCGGCCAUCUUUCCAAGCUGGUGCAUCAGGAGGAGCUGUCCGACACAUUUGGAGAGUAUGGAGACAUCGUAUCUAUUGAUCUAAUCCCACCAAGAGGUUGUGCCUUUAUCUGCAUGAAUCGCCGCCAGGACGCUUCAAGGGCACUUUCCAAGCUCAAGAACCACAAGAUGCAUAACAAGGCCAUCACCCUCGCGUGGGCUCCUGGAAAGGGUGUGAAAGGGAAGGAGUUUAAGGAUUACUGGGAGGUGGAAGUUGGGUGUUCCUACAUUCCCUUCCACAAACUGGUAACAAUGAGCAGUAUUGACCUUGACAACCUGGAGGAAGGAGGCAUGAUUGAUGAGGAAACUGUCCCUGAUUGGCUGAGAGGUAAGGGGGGAGCGGGAGCAGAGGGAGGGAGGGUCGCUAUGGGCUGGAGGGAGCCCCGCCCGGCCCGCCCCCAGGGUUCGUCCCCAUCGCCGUACCCCCAGGCCACCCCCCCCAACACCCGUAGCCAGGACAUUGUGGCCCCCCUGCCCCCCAUGCCCCCUCCCCCGGUAGAGAAGGGGCAGGAGGUGGCCAGGGACGCCCCCCCACCCCUCCCCAACAGUGCCCCCGGCCUACCCCCUAACAUGUUACCCCCUCCCUUCGGUUUGCCCAACAUGCCUCCACCCCAGGUUGGCCCAGGUCCCGGUCCAGGGGGAAUGCCACCCCUCCCACAGGGCUUCGUGCCCCCUAACCUGCCCCCCAUGGGAGUGCCACCCCCACUGGGCCUGCCUCCCCUGGGCGUCCACCCCCCUGUUUCCUCGAUCCUGGGGCAGCCAUUGAUAGGAGCCAUGCCUCCCCCAGUUAGCAUGGCCCCCAGUAUGCCAAACAGAGCCAUGAUGGGCCCAGCAGGGGAGCUACAGAACACCCUUGCAGCAGCUCCCGUCACCACCCUUGCCUCCUCCACCAACACGCAUGUCCCCCCUGUACCUGGAGAGAAGCUGGGACUGGUGGAAAGGCUUAGGAAUUUAGCAUCGGGGGGUGUACCUGACCUUGAGCCCCGGGACAGAUACGAGAGGGAGAGGAGGGAGAGGGAGCACGAGAGGGAGAGAGACAGAGUGGGCAGAGAUAUGCAUGAAGAUCGCAGCGUUGGGGAGAGAGAGAGGGGUCGCGAUACAGGCCGGUAUGACCCAGAACCCUUCGGCGGGCCUCCCCCAGGGUUCCCCCAGGGUGGCCGUGGCCCUGACGGACCCCCCAGUUUCCGCCCAGACAGCGGCGGCGGCGGCGGCCCCAAUGGUCCUGUUGGCCCUGCAGGAUUCAACAAUUUCGUCUCCGUGGGGUUCGGUCCUCCCGGGGGUGGCUCAGGGGGCCCACCGGGGAUGAUGGGGCGGCCACCGGGACCCCCACACAAUCACACGGGGUUGCGGGGGGACGGUUUCGGCCCCAUGGGGAUUGGCAUGAUGUCAGGGCACUCAGGGCCAGGGUUCGGCCCCCGCGGUCUUCACGGCCCCGGGGGUUUCCAGGGGCCUCGGGGUCUGCUGGGGCCUCCACCAAUGGGGAUGGGGUCACUGAUGGGAACCCGGCCGCCACUGAUGGGGGAGAUGCCUGGCGGGGGUGGAGGAAUGCGAGGACCUGGAGGUGUGCCUGGUCAGCGUCCUGGCAUGUGGAUGGACGGACCAGGGCCAAGGUUCCAGGGCCACGAGGUGCCCCAUGGGGGUAGGGACGGCCUGCCGGACCGCCUGUGGGGCGACCCGGAGCGUGGCCGUGACGGUGACCUGGACCACUUCCGGGAUGGUGACCGGGACCGGGGCAGCCGAGACGAUGACCGGCCGCCCCGGGACCUGGAGAGGGACCACUCCAUGGACCGCGGCCUUGACGACCGGGGCCUGGACGACCGGCCCCGGGAGCGCUCCAGGGACGACCGGGGCCGAGACGACCGGCCCCGUGACGACCGGGCAAGGGACGACCGGGGCCGCACGGACCGCUUCAGGGACGAUCGCUCCCGCGACGACCGGCCCCCCGCGGGGCGACCGCUCCCGCGACGACCGGUCCAGGGACGACCGGGGCCGCGACGACCGGUCCCGGGGCGGCCGCGACGACCGGUACCCGCGGCGACCGCCUGCGAGAGGACCGGGGCCGGGAGGAACGCAGCGGCGGCCGUGACGGGCGUGGCCGUGACGGCAGGGAGGAUGGGCCAGGGCGGGAGGAGCGGCCCUGGGAGACCAAGGGCCGGGACGGAGAGCGGCGGCGGGAGGAGCGGCGCCCCUGGGAGAAGUCUCGGUGGGCACCACGGGAGGAGACGCUGGUGGACAUGGGGGAGGACCUCUCCGGGGGCUGGGACACCUGGGCCACCCGUGCCAACCAGGACGUGCCAGACCCCCACCACCACCGGGACCUGCCCAGACCCAGGGGGCCUGACGCCCCCCUCGACUCAAAGGGUGAGCCCCGGGAACAGCAGCAGCAGCCCCCAGGGGAGGGAGUGCCCCAAGGUGAGGGUGGUGAUGUCCCCAGUGGCCCUCCACCCCAGGGGAAGGAGGCCCCCAUGCCGGCAGCAGGCCUAGAGCAGGCUGGCGGCAACAGCGGGGGGCGGCGGCUCCCCCCAACAGCCUGAGGCAGCUGCCCCGUCCCCCACACAGGAGGGACAGGCCGCCCCCCGCCAGGAGAGGGACCUUUAUGACCCCUUCGAGGCCACUGCCAGGGAGGACC